AUGGCGCGGAAAGAGGGUGGAGGCCGCGAGCUGGCGAUUGUAAUGGCAGCCGGUGGUGGUGGUGGUGGUGACGAGGGUAGUAAAACCAACUUCCCCAUUGCACGAAAUUCAAAUACCACGACCGGGAGAUACAUGCGUCUUCCUCGAAAAGGAUCCUGGGCCGCCUUCCACAUCGCGUUCUUCCUUAGCUCAUACGUGGUCCCGCUCAUACUGAUCAGCGUCCUGUACAUGUGGAUGCUGCCCCGGCUGUGGCGAAGUUCGGUCGGCGGUCGUUCGGCCGAAUCGAAGAAGGGCAAAAAGCGCGUUACCCGGCUGGCGGUGAUUGUGGUGGCAGCGUUUGCUUCAUUAUGGUUUCCCAUACAGGUCAUCCUGGUCCUAAAGAGUGUGGACGUCUUUAAACCAGACACGCAUUUUAAAAUUUCACUACAAAUCGUCUCGCACGUGCUGGCAUACACGAGCUCCUGCAUAAACCCGCUGCUGUACGCGUUCCUUUCCGAAAACUUUCGGAAAGCAUUCCGUAAGAUUGUUUACUGUGGACCGGGGAGCCGCCGCCAGGGCAGCCAGCGACAUAUGCCACUGCCAACGAAAACGACGCGAACCGGCAGCUGUCCAGACAUUUUAUAACCGGAAACAAUGGAGGAAACGUCCGUCACCUUCGUUUAAUACACUCUUUGUUUUCGCACAGUGCAGCCCAGAGUCUCCUUGUUAUCCUGGCCAUGAUGGAGCAUCAGCACAGCGGCACAAGCUUCUACGAAACGGUUCACACCGAUGGCUUAACAGUGAUGCAAACCGAACCAACCAAUCGUUACCAUAAUCACUCUCUUCAUCAUUUUCAUUAUAAGCGGUAGUAAUUACCAGAUCGUUUGGUACCGUAUGAAGCGUUUAUCAUAAUGGACACAAUUUGCAGGUCCAGCCCAAUGUCCUACUUUAUUAAAUUUUAUCUACGUUAUAUGAGCUUGCGCUUCAUCGUUACUGUACUGUGCUUUACAAGUUUGUUACGUCAAGGUAAAAACGUAUAAAAGAUUCCAAAUAAACAAUUUACAACUAUUUUUUUAAGCGAAAAAAUAUCUUCUGCCAGCAACGAUCACAUCAACAGCGUGUAAAUGACAGGGUUCCGUUCGACUGUGGCAGACUAGCACAACGAUUUACAUUAGCUCGAAAGCAGUUUAUGGUUAGAGAUAAAACAAAUCAGUCACUUUAUUCGAGAUGUUUCCUAUUGUUAUUAAACGUUAAGCAACGAACUGAACAUAUUCAGUCCUGAUACAGGAUCCAUUGGGGUGGGCGAACGAUGAGAACAAAAUCGAGCUACGGCUGUUGUGGGUGGUGUUAUCCAUUUAGAAGCGCCACUAAUGAGUAGUAAUUACGAUUCAUUCGACUAACAUGCAGAAACGAAGUAAAAUAGAACAUUUCUAUGUGUAAAUAAUUGCAACUAAUGCUUGACAAACAAUACUGAAUGGUAAUGGUUGGUUCGUGUACUAGGGAACAAAACCAAAACCUAAUGUGAAAAAAUACUGUACGGACUUGUUUCUCGCAGAAUAAUAGAUGAAAUGACGUGGUGUCAGGAAAACAAUUGAUAGUUGGUUUCAAAUUUACCAUUUCAGUAAAACAUAAUCCCUAGAUAAGUCUCAAACGUGAGUAACUGAACAGAGCGUCAUACAUCCGACGAAUUGUGUGGUACAAUUAAGCUGUACAUGUAUAGCGUAACUAGCACUAGUGAUUCGUUGCUUGCUGUGUGGCUUUGCUUUCAAACGACUGAGGCUGGACAAAUGAGCCCCACCGGUGUUCUGCGAAGAUCAAGUGCAGGAAUGGUUUGUGUAUAGGUAUGAAAAUAACAAACAGAGAAGCAAAAGUAAAGGAUACCGUGAUUUCCCAUGUUUCGUUCGCGUCUGGCACUCUUGUAGGAGCACCUGCGCUGCUUACGCCAUGUUUUGCUUGCACGUGAUGACUGCCAAACAUCGAUUCGGAUUUGUUUCGGGUCACUGUUUGAGUUAAGUACGUGACAUCAAUCAAACGUGAGCGUACUAGCGGAUCACAACACCAUUCCGGUACAUGUGUUGGCGCGUUGUUCCGUGAUAAACUGCUCUGCACAGUCUCGCUAUACGAACGGAGAAUUGUGUCGCAAACAACGCCAACCAAAAAGGGGUACCAGAUUGUAUGCUGAUGCUCUCUGCAUUCCUCAUUUGUGAAAAGUUAAUGGCCGGCACCACUUUUAGGACUCUAAAACGCGCCCCGAUUCGCGUAUUGUGCUGCUAGCUAUCCAAAGGCUGUCACAAAGCUAUUUUCAUCAACAUCGCCAUCGUCAUCAUGAUCAUCAUCAUCAUCCACAUACAUUGGUUUUGGAGAGUGAGGAAUUUUGGGAACUUCGGUGACAGUUUGCUACAAAAGUUCCUUCUCACCAUUCGGGCGCACAUUGGGUAACGGUCGCAUCGAAAGAAAGACGCGAAGGAUGGUGGAGCACGCCUGGUUCGGUGGUACGCGAACGUCAUAAAUCGCUCCUUACUGUACUCAAAUGCUCAUAUCAACACAUCACCAUGUGCGUCCCGAGAAUGGAAAAUUAUACCGAAAGCAGCUUGCAAAACGUGGGCCCGUGCUUGUAUUUCUGUACUUGUAUCAGCGUGAACUUUCCCAUCCAUCAGCAAACCAAACAGUGGCAUGAAUAUGUGUCCUUCGAUGAACAAAAACGGAAUGUACGUAAAAUCCCUCAUUUAUUCUGCACGACACAAAAAAGAAAACUCCAAACAACCAUGUGCUUUCCUGUCGUUUUGUCGUUUGUUUUGCUAUCCUUUGCAGCUGCUGCGUGGUACUUCCUUUUAUAGCAAACUCUAAUCAGCAAACCAUUUCACUGCACUUCUUUUCACGGAACACCACUCUUUAAGCCUCCGAUUGAAAGCAAAAGCCACACUAAAAUCAACGGGGUAGAUUCAUCAGUGCGACAGUGGGUAGUGCGUUCGGUAAAAGUAAUAAUAAGAGUUUUUGUUACGCUUUUCAAAUGGAAAGCAUAGCAGACAAAAAAACCUGAUGUGGCAAACGAGUGUGUACAAAAGUAUCUACAGUAUCCGAGCCGAAUGUCAAUGUUAGGUUAGCGCUGUACGUAAAUUACACUGCUGUACACGAAGCUACUGAUUACAGCGUUCGAGGUAAAAAGCAGCGCGUGCGUGUGGACGGAGUGAUAAAACUUCAUUCAAUACGUUCAGCUAGAUAUGAAGAGUUUCGUCAUUAUUGGUAGAGUGCGAAACAGGAGAGCUUUUGCGAAAAUAUGUCCGAACGAAAAUUGUAACUUAAAUAAUAUAAAGUAUAGUAUAGUAUCUCAAAGGAAGCAAAAAGGUAAGGUUGCGGGUUAAAUGGUUACAAGUACCAAAUUAAAGUAUAAUGAAACGUCGGUCAUGGCUUUGAACAAACAAAUGAACGUAGGAGAAAGGAUAAAAUUGGCCAUGAUUAUUGAAGCUAUUUUCACGCACAGGUAGUACGAAAAACAGAAAAAACAAUUUCCCAAAAGCUGUUCCCACUUCAAACGGCACAAUGAUUGUAAUGAUGAUGCAGAAGGAGCAGAUUCGAGGAUUACGGACGGAUGUGUGUACACAGGCACUCCCCGGUAUCCACCCAUACAGCACGAUGGUUUGAUAUGAGUCAGUAAAGCAAAACUUUAUCAAUUUAACGCAAGGUUAGCAUGUAACAUAGCUGGCAGCUGUUGGGUUUUGCGGUUGAAGCGCUUCAACGACUAUCAUACAGGGGGUGAACAGCAAGCGAGGAAACUAAACAUCACUUACACACAGGAGUGUUAUCCAAUGUACGGCGGCUCCAGUGAACGUGUAAGUAUGUGAUGUUAAAAUUGAACGUGAAAUACGAAACAAAACGUUAAGAGGAAACAAAAAAAAAACAAACGAUACGAUAAAAACGAACGUCAAAACGCAAUCAAAUGUCCAACCACAGUACCUAAAAGGAGAAUGGUUUGUGUUUUGUUUGAGGUUUUUUGAGAUCUUCUUUUUAGUUUACAAUAGUCCGCAUGAAUAUGCGUGCAACAUCACCACAACACAAACCAUGCAAAACGAACGUAUUCGCUGCGGUAUUUAUUUCAAAAGUGAACAAUAAAAACGAUUUUAAAGCACAAUACUUCAGUAGACAAGGCAAAAGCAAACAAAACUUGCAUACUAAAAGCGCUUUGCCUGUAUUUACUUAACCAGUCGUGGGAAAUCAUUUUAGGUUUCAAUUCUCUCAGUUUAAAUGCAACUGUACAGCGUCUAAACAAUUGGACAACCGAUUCGAUAGAGAAACAAAUUGCUUUCUUAGCCAAGUCAAAUUAACUAACGCGGUCAGAGGGAUCGCUCACCGAUUGAAUAGUGUACGAUUAUCAAUUUUUAAAGUCUAUCUAACAGUUCAAACAAUAAGUCCAAAAAGCAUCACGAUUGGUUUUGCUGUUGCAGUUUUAUUUCGAUGCAAUUUCUGCGAACAAUGUAUAGUAUUGGGGGAGAACAUAAGGUU